UGGGCAUCAGCGGGGAAGGUGCAGACUAGGGAACACCCGCCGCGGGACGGGAUGCCUCGACGAGCCUCGUGACGCAACAGGUUGACUCAAUCCGGCUCCAGGUCGUGAGGGACAGGAUAAUACUUGCAGGGUUUCCCACGUUUCCUAUGACCCACACCGGGCGGAGGACUCGGGAGCUCACCGAUAUAACGGGACCGGCUCACUGGAGAGCAGCUCCCGCGGACACCGGUGACCCCCGGGUGAACACCUCCACGAUGGGAUACUUUAUAAUACUUUUUCUACCUUGUGUGUUCAGCACUCGGGCGCGCAUAUUGGCCCCGUCGGUUGAUAGAGUCAUCUCCAAAGAGCCGUUCAGGGAAACCCGGAGAGUUCUUACAACAUCGGACAAAGAAUGUAAAUUCCCAUUUCGUCAGGGUGGAAGGAUUCAUCAUCACUGCCUCACCAUCCUCUCCUCAAAACCAUGGUGCUCCCUCACAAGUAACUUUGACCGUGACCGUCAGUGGGGCUACUGUGUUCCAGAGAAAACUCAGCCAGGUGUUGUCGUCCACACGUCACGUAGACUCACAGAUCCGUGUCGGGGGAGCCCGUGUCAGAACGGAGGCGUGUGCACGCUGAUCCCACACCGCCGCGGGUUCGAGUGCUCGUGUCCCGAGAGCUUCACCGGGACCGUCUGUGAGCAGAAGAAGUGCUAUGAAACCUUACACCUGCGCUAUUAUGACAUGGGAGAGUCUUGGGGACGGAUCCACCUCCGCAAUGUGGAACAGUGCUCCUGUGAGGCCGGGGAGGCCGAGUGUGAACGCGUUCCCUACACAACGUGCCGUACGAACCUCUGUCAGAACGACGGGGCGUGUCGCCUGAUCACGGUCACCGGCAGAGAGGUGUGCCACUGCAGACGUGGCUUCAGCGGGCCGCACUGUGGCUUCGAGCCGGAGCCGGAGUGCUACCGCGGCAGAGGCGCAGACUACAGAGGGCUGGUGGGCACCACGCUGUCCGGCGCCAGCUGCCUGCCGUGGAACUCGGACCUGCUGUACGACGAGCUCCACGUGGGCACGGUGGUGGCCGCGCCCCUCAGGGGCCUCGGGGAACACGCCUACUGCAGAAACCCAGAUAAGGACAAGAUGCCGUGGUGCUACACACUAAGUGACGGCGUCAUCUCCUGGGAGUACUGCGACGUCCCCCCCUGUGUGACGCCCGUGUCUUCAGCUCGAAGGAUUGUGCCGUUUAAUGUCCUGCCCGGCAUCAAACGACCGAAGCCCUCCACGCAAGGCAAAAAGAGCGUGUGUGGCAGGAAGCACAAGAAGAGGUUAUCGAUCGCCAGGGGGCGGAUCAUGGGCGGAAACUCCGCCCUGCCGGGUACUCACCCCUGGAUGGCCGCCAUCUACAUCGGACAGUCGAGUUUCUGCGCCGGCACCGUGGUCUCCUCCUGCUGGAUCGUGUCUGCAGCUCAUUGCUUCUUCCGCAACCCCCUGAGGUCUCAGCUCCGCGUGGUGCUCGGCCAGCAGCACUUCAACGUCACCGGUCCCAACACCAGGACGUUUGGAGUGGAGAAGUACAUCUUUCCAAAGCAGUUCUCUGUGUUUAAUCCAACACUGCAUGACAUUGUUCUGAUCAAACUGGCCAAGCGGGACGGGCGCUGUGCGAGGAGAACCCCGUUCAUCAGACCCAUCUGCCUCCCGGAGCCAAACGCCACCUUCCCCGAUGACUACUGCUGCAGCAUUAGCGGCUGGGGACACAAGCACGAGAAGGCCGAAGGUUACUCCAGCCUGCAGGAGGCCGGGGUGAGGCUGAUUCCUCAGGACGCCUGUCAGAAGCCAGAUGUUUACGGCAACUAUGUCACGGCCGACAUGAUUUGCGCGGGACUCAACAGCUGUGUGGACGCCUGCCAGGGCGACUCCGGGGGCCCCUUGGCUUGUGCGAGGGAUGAUGUCAGCUUCCUGUACGGGAUCAUCAGCUGGGGAGACGGCUGCGGCCGCACUAACAAGCCCGGUGUUUACACCAGAGUGAUGAACUAUAUGGAUUGGAUCAAUUCAGUGAUCAGACGCAAACCCAAGGCUUCAUGAACGGACAUUACCUGGAUACUAGCUUUAAUAUAUGAGAUAUUGUACUAUGUAUUCAAACUGUUUUUAUUUGUAUCGCUCGUGGAAGUUUAUAAGUUGUCUUUUUUUUAAACUGUGAAACAUGUGACUGAAUAAACCUUUACUGACUUGAGAAAGCUUUAAGA